CUGUCACCGCGAGGGGCCGCCAGCGCCCUGGUCCCAGACAGCCUGCGUCCAUGGCCUUCCUGACCACCUGGAAGCGAGAGGCACCCAGGAAAAGAGACUUCAGGUCUCCUGUGAGCAGCCUCCAUGAGGCCCUGGACCAGUGCAUGACAGCCCUAGACCUCUUCCUCACCAACCAGUUCUCAGAAGCACUCAGCUACCUCAAACCCAGAACCAAGGAGAGCAUGUACCACUCACUGACAUAUGCCACCAUCCUGGAGAUGCAGGCCAUGAUGACCUUCGACCCCCAGGACAUCCUGCUUGCUGGCAACAUGAUGAAGGAAGCACAGUCGCUAUGUCAGAGGCAUCGGAGGAAGUCUUCUGUGUCGGACUCUUUUAGCAACCUAGUCCACCGUCCCACCAUGGACCAGUUCACAGAAGAGGAAAUCCAUGCCGAGGUCUGUUAUGCAGAGUGCCUGCUGCAGAGAGCAGCCCUGACCUUCCUGCAGGAUGAGAACAUGGUGAGCUUCAUCAAGGGUGGCAUCAAAGUUCGAAACAGCUACCAGACUUACAAGGAACUGGAUAGCCUUGUCCAGUCCUCACAAUACUGCAAGGGAGAGAACCAUAGGCACUUUGAAGGAGGGGUGAAGCUUGGUGUUGGAGCCUUCAACCUGACGCUGUCCAUGCUUCCCACUAGGAUCCUGAGGCUGCUCGAGUUUGUCGGGUUUUCAGGAAACAAGGACUAUGGGCUGCUGCAGCUGGAGGAGGGUGCGAACGGGCACAGCUUCCGCGCAGUGCUGUGUGUCAUGCUGCUGCUGUGUUACCACACUUUCCUCACCUUCGUGCUCGGUACUGGGAAUGUCAACAUCGAGGAGGCAGAGAAGCUGCUGAAGCCCUACCUGAACAGAUACCCCAAGGGUGCCAUCUUCCUGUUCUUUGCCGGGCGGAUUGAAGCUAUCAAAGGGAAUAUUGAUGCUGCCAUCCAGCGGUUUGAGGAGUGCUGCGAGGCCCAGCAACACUGGAAGCAGUUUCACCACAUGUGCUACUGGGAGCUCAUGUGGUGCUUCACCUACAAGGGCCAGUGGCAGAUGGCCUUCUUCUACGCCGACCUGCUGAGCAAGGAGAACUCCUGGUCCAAGGCAACCUACAUCUACAUGAAGGCUGCCUACCUCAGCAUGUUUGGGAAGGAAGACUACAAGCCUUUCGGGGAUGAUGAAGUAGAGUUAUUCAGGGCUGUGCCAGGCUUGAAGCUCAAGAUUGCUGGGAAAUCUCUGCCCACAGAGAAGUUUGCCAUCCGGAAGUCCAGACGCUACCUCUCCCCUAACCCCAUCUCAUUGCCAAUCCCUGCUCUGGAAAUGAUGUACAUCUGGAACGGCUAUGCUGUGAUUGGGAAGCAGCGGAAACUCACUGAUGGGAUGCUUGAGGUCAUCACCAAGGCUGAAGAGAUGCUGGCAAUGGGCCCAGAGAAUGAGUACUCGACAGAUGAUGACUGCUUGGUCAAACUGCUGAAAGGCCUGUGUCUCAAAUAUCUGGGCCGAAUCCAGGAAGCGGAGGAGAAUUUCAGGAUCAUCUCUGCCAAUGAAAAGAAGAUUAAAUAUGACCACUACUUGAUCCCAAAUGCCCUGCUGGAGUUGGCCCUGCUGUUCAUGGAGCAAGGCAGAAAUGAAGAGGCCAUCAAACUCCUAGACUCUGCCAAGCAAAACUACAAGAACUACUCCAUGGAGUCAAGGACCCAUUUUCGAAUCCAGGCAGCCACGCUCCAGUGGGAUGGCUCAAGAAUAUUUGUGCAGCAUUUUUACCAGUGUGGCCAAGGCCUUCACACAUACGGGUACUUGUUUUACACUGUGAUGUAUGAACAGUUUACAUUUCUUUAGAAAUACAUUGAUGGAUUAUAGUUGGUGUUAAAAAGAAAAAAAGAAAACUCUAAGCCAACCAAAAAAUAAUUGCUUGUAAAUCUGUUUUCACCCAGAUGAUGUGGAAGUAAACCUCUCCACAUGCUGCCAAGGCCAGGACAGCCUAGGAAAAAAAAAAAAAAAAAAGAAAGAAAGAAAGAAAGAAAGAAAAAGCCAAAUUAAGUUGCUAGCAUUUAUGGCAUUUAUGGCAUUUAUGAGAGAGAGUUUGGGAAAAAAAUGGAGAGUUUGGGAAAAAAAUGGAGAGUUUGGAAGACCUUGUACUCUCAAAACACAACCAACCAGUUCCUGUGUAACAGGAUGAAGCCUUGGGAGUUUUAUAAGGAAAAGGCCAAACAAACCUUUUAUUCAUGAUCCCUUUUCAUACUUAGUGCUGCUGCUUUUUUGCUGCUUUUUUUUCAGAACUACACAAAAGAAUCUUAACACAGAAGCCCUAACCAGGCAGUGUUAGCUGCAGCUACAAACCUGUCUCAGGGUUUCAAGUGCUUUUGCUUCCCUGCCAUGACUUUCUUGCAAUGGCUAAGAUACUGCUGCUGCUGCUUUCCUGCUGGGAUUCAUUAGCUCAAUUAGUCUGUGAAAAAGAACACUGGGUUUCUAAAUCCUAUCCUAGGCUCCCCCAUGUCCUGAGUCAUUCUGGAUCAGUACACUUUCAUAGCACCUGUGCCACAUAUGAACAGCCAGAGGAUCUGAAUGGUCCCUUGGCAAUGCUCUCCUAUCAGCUCUCCCACACCUUGGCAGGUUUCCCUAUCAUUCUUGAGUCAGACUGGGAGUAUUUCCAAUACAGCUAUCCAAGGCUUGGCUCAGGCCCGGGUCAAAGCAAUCUAUAAAUCCAUUUUCCUCUAUAAUUUUUGAGGUUCUUUAAUUCUAAGAUGAUGGUAAGGGAGAGGGUUUUUCCUGUGUGGCCUUGGCUGUUCUGAAACUUGCUGUCCUGGAACUCACUCUGUACACCAGGCAGGCUGGCCUUGGAAUUCACGGAGAUCUGCCUGUCUCUGCCUACUAAAUGCUGGGAUUAAAGGUGAGUGUCACCACUGCCUGGCAACAAUCUCAUCUUUUUAACCUUUCA